CCCAGGACGCCCUUCACCCCGGAAGUCCCCGCCGGGCCGCUGACCCGGAGGCACUCGGGCGCGGCCACCGCUUCCGCUGGAGGCGGGGCGGCGCGGCGCAUGCGCGGCUGGGUAGAGCCGCCGGCACGCGGGCGCCAUGGUGUUCCUCACCGCGCAGCUCUGGCUGCGGAGCCGGCUCACUGACCGCUACUGGCGGGUACAGGAGGUGCUGCGGCAUGCGCGGCACUUCCGCGGAAGGAAGAACCGGUGCUACCGGCUGGCGGUGCGAGCGGUGACCAGAGCGUUUGUGAAAUGCACAAAAGCGCGAAGACUGAAGAAGAGGAACAUGAGGACACUCUGGAUUAAUCGAAUUACAGCUGCCUCCCAGGAACAUGGACUGAAAUACCCGGCAUUCAUUGUCAAUUUAAUUAAGUGCCAGGUGGAGCUCAACAGGAAAGUCCUUGCCGACCUAGCCAUCUGUGAACCAAAGACUUUUAAAUCUUUGGCUGCUUUGGCCAAAACAAGGCGACAAGAAGGAUUUGCUGCUGCCCUGGGGGACGGGAAAGAACCUGAAGGCAUAUUUUCCAGAGUGGUGCAGUAUCACUGAGGGGCCCUCACUGUCUGCCCUUUGCAGCCGGGUGUCUUAGGAAGUUUUCUUUUCCCAUCACGGUAAUUAAAUAGGGGCUAAGAAUUA